GCGUCGAGGUGACAGAGCGCAAGGUAAGCUGCUGCUGCUGCUCUCAUUCUGUUCUUCUUCUUCAUCUAAAGCUCUUUGUGAUGUCUACUGGAGUCACGAUGCAACAUAACGCACAAAAAGCCUUCAGAUAAUCACCAGAUCAGACAUGAGCCUCCAGGUUUGCGGCUGCUGCGGCUGGUCCAAGGUUACCACCUACCAUGGCCUCAGAACUCACCAGGGGAAGAUGGGAUGCACGCCGAAGGGGAUGAGGAUCCCUGAGAGUCAACAGUUUGGAAUUAACAGCUACUCUCCGAAACUGACCUUCAUCGGACCUCCAAUAAAAAUAAAUGAGCCUUACAGGGAUAUCUUCACCCCUGCUAUCAAGCCUGCAGUUGAACGGGACCUCUGGACAAGACUAUUGGAAGAACCCCUUCAAGUGGACACCAGACCAAUCAACAGCACCCCAGUCAAGAAGGAGCUUUCCUUCACGCCACUGUCGCAGACCUUCGGCAGCCACAUGAAUCCUGCGGCGACGGAGGCAAAAUCACUGUUCGAAACGCCACAGCAGUCCCAUCAAACCGCCACCAAAGCUCGCCGAGCGCUCGAGUUCCCCAGCGGUCCGCCGCAGCUGCAGCAGCUGGUCUGGGAUCUUCCAACAACUGCGGCCCAGGAAGCGGUGGUCCGACCGAAGGAGAAAGAGAGGGAGAAAGAGAGAGAGAAAGAGAGGGAGAAUGAGAGGGAGGCUCAAAAACUACUGAAGGCAAAACAAGACCGGAUGAGGGCUGAUUUACAGCAGAAAAUUCAGCUGAGAAAACAGAACAUUGCAGAAGUGAGAUCAUCUGUCAAAGCCUGCAAGGGCAUCUUGGAUGCAGAAUGGCUGGAAAUCAACGGCGUGUUCUCAGAGGUGAUGAGAGUUGUGGAAGACGCUCGGCAGGAAGCCCUCCGGCCGCUGGAGGAGAGGAGAUACAGAGUGAAGAGAGAAGAACAAGAUCUGGUUCAGAAAUUGCAAAAGGAAAUCGACAGACUCAAAAAGAGCAUCGAUGAGCUGGACGGAAACUUGCAGGUUUCUCCUCCAGCAGGCCUGGAUGAAUCUCAAGACUGGGAAAAACUUGCUGUCAGCGGUUCAUUCCUCCUCGGUUCACUCAGAAGUACAACAUCGAACAUGACGGAGCAGAUUCUCCAGACAUUGGAUAAACUCUCUUCCGUUGAACUCAAGAGGAUUCCCACAUUUGCAGUGGAUGUAAAGCUGGACCCAACCACUGCACACCAGAGCCUUCUUCUCUCCCCCGACAGGAAGAAAGUGAGAGAUGGAGGACAGACCCAGAGGCUUCCUGACGCUCCAGAGAGGUUUGACAUGUUUGGCAGCGUCCUGGGGCUCAACAGGUUGACCUUCGGGAAGUCCUACUGGGAGGUGGAGGUCAGCAACAAGACGGGAUGGGAUCUGGGCGUAGCGAGGCGCAGCGCGAACCGCAAAGGGAAACUCUCGCUGACCCCAGACAACGGAUACUGGGUUACCGUUCACUAUGGAGGUGAAAAGUACGCGGCCCUGACAGAACCGGCCACCAGCCUCCCCCUGACAGCGAAGCCUCAGAAGGUGGGGGUGUUCGUGGACCACAAGGAAGGUCUCGUGUCCUUCUACGACGUGACGGCCCAGGCCCACAUCUACUCGUUUACCGAGUGCUCGUUCGACGGCGAGAUUCUCCCGUAUUUCAGUCCGCACCUCGAACGAAAUGGGAGAAACUCUGCGCCUCUCGUCAUCUCUGAUGUGAUAAAGCACAAGUAGUUACGUGAAGCGUGGCGUUGUGUUGCUGCUGCAAUGAAAGUUGCGCCACUCGUUGCGAAAUGUACGAGUCUGUACGGUAGCUUUACUGUGACGUGAUGUUUCACGCACAGUCGGUUUAUACACUACUUAUACAAGUUUAGACUUUUUAUUUUUUAAAAUUACAUUAUCAUGAAGAUAUCAGGGUUUUUGCACUUGAAUUUCAUGUUCUAUAUAUUUUUAAGAUGUUUUACAUUGCUGGCAUUUUGCAAGAUGUAUCUGUGUAAAUGUGUAUGUCUGGGCUUGCUUAUGAAAGCUUGCUUUUUGCUCUUCGACCUGCCUGCUCGGGUGUCCUGCACUUACUUCUUUUUGAACAGCUAUGAGCUUGACAAAAGUUUUAUCAUCUUCGUGGGUUUUCAUCAGAAAUCAGAGAAAUGCUGCAACAGCUCUCUGCAUGAGCUCGUGUGUUGAAAUAGCUGGAGUCAACCUUUAGCCCCGAUUCAAGUUGCAGCGGCAAUGAUGGCUAAUCUUUUUUUGGACAUAUAUACAGAAUAUAUAAUUUUUUUUUUAAUUGUUCUUUCUCAUCUCCUUUUUAUUCUUGUUGUCUGUAGCGACUUAAUUUCCCCGGCGUGGGAUCAAUAAAGUUUGAUCUUAUCUAUCACAUCUUGUUUUCUUGCGUGAAGAAGCCUGACAGCUUCGCGCUUAAACAAAAGAGAACUUCCUCAUUUACAGAAACAGGAUUGGCCACACGAAUUUACUGGUGGUUAGGUAUACAAUGACAGGGAGGUUUGCAGAAUCUUAAUUGGCUGUCAGCCUCUUAGGCUUAAAAUGAUUGGCUGUGAUCAGAUGGUAGAGGUAGCAUAAAAAGGGAGAAAUGUUUAGGGACUUUGGACCAAACGUCCGGGCUUGUGUCGAUUCCAGACGAACGCAGCAGCGACGUUUGCAGCGCAGACGCAGCUGAUCAGAGCAGACAAGAUGAACAUCGUUCUACUGAUCGCCGCCGUGGUCGCUCUCGCCCUCGCUGACGAACACCAACCACAUCCUUGUCAGAGGAACAAUCACAUCCAUGCAUACAAAACAUUCGUUUCGAGGCACAUCCUGCAACAGUCCUUUAACAGAGGGCUGAAGUGUGAAUGGAGAAAGUACCUGCUGAAAUACGGACUGUGCAACAGAGGCCACCACACCUUCAUCGAGAGGAGGGAUCAGACACGUGUCGUGCAGAUCUGCAAUGGCUGGGGUCGGCUGUUUUAUGCUCACCGAGGCGACCUGUGCGUGAGUGACUCCCCCAUGCUGGUGUAUGACGUCACGGUCAGCAAUAAAUGGAAGUGCAAGGUUAAAAGGGUGCUGAGAAGGGUCAAGUUUGUCAUUGUGGCUUGCGACAGAAUCCACAACCAGUGCCUUCCUUCGCAUUUUGGGGGAUCCACCAACCGAAGGCCAAACAAACAUACUAGAAUCUGCAGACUUCACUAGAAUAGACCAAGGUUUGCAGGGUCAGUAGUGGAUUCAAGCUGUCAGGCUCAUUAUUGGCCUGACAUCUAAAACCUCUGUCAAGCUUUGCUCAAUGAAGCCUUUUCUUUGCUUACAUAAAACACAUUAAUAUGUGCUUUUGUUCUUGAGCUACAUUAUGAUGUUUCUGUCACAUCUUUGAGGCACGUCCUGCAACAUUUUGUAUUCAUGCACAGAGGUGGUGACUAUAAGUUACAGUUAAAGUGACAGUACAGUUCAGUUUGGAUCUAAGUGUUAACCCAGGUUCAGACACAGAUGAACAUUUUCAGCUAAAACGUCUUUACGAUCCCUACGUACGAUUGUUUCCUGAAUGCCAACUAACCUCACGGUCAAUAGGUCACUUGUCUGUGUUCAACUUGUCCUUUUGUUAGUCAAAUUCAUACAAUUGUGUAUAAUCCUCUUAGAGACAAACUAAUCUUUUUUUCAUUUUUGUAUACUUUCUCCAUUACCCGAAAUUUUGUGCAGCUGCUUUGCUUUGCAUGAUGUCAAAUAAAUGCAAUCAAUAAUC